AUGCCUAAUUUACUUGAUCUUCUUCCACCAGAAUUAUUACCAUUAAUAACGAAGUAUCUUCCGAUCCAAGAUCUUAAAAAUUGCUGUAGUUUAGAUUAUAUAUGGAAAACCGAAGCGAUUAGAGAAAUUCGCAAAAGAUUAAUAGUGGAUUGUACAUGCGUUAAUAGAAAAACAACUGUUAAAGCGCUAAUUGACCCUAAAUCCAAGUACGGUAGUAUCAGUAAAGCACUUGCCCAAAAAAAGGAUUUAUAUAUUAAAAGAAUGUAUGGAUCAAAAUAUCCUGCAGUAAAAGACUUUGGUAUUGACGCAACAAAUCCUGCCCUUUCAUAUUUGGGAAUAGUGAAUAAUACUACGAUUCAGAAUAUUCUAAGACGGAGUCCGAAUCCAGCGAUUCUGAGACAGUCUGAAUUUAGCGAUUCUGAAGCAGUGAAUGUACCUCUCCCAAUUAUAAGUGGCACAAUACAAGAUAAUAGCGGAGCUAGUGUCGAAACACAUUAUAUCGAUUUUAUUUCCACAUUCAAUAAUUAG